AUGAGGUUUCCUAUGUUUUCUUCCCCAUGGAUUCCUUUAUUACUUUUUGUUUUUUCAACCUCUGUUGUUACUUCUUUGCAGCAUAAUAGAUUCCCAAGGCUUAGUCCUGUUGGUGAAAAGUUUCUGCAUCAUUCUCGAGUUUUGAAUUCGCUUCCUUUGGAUGAUUUCAAGACUUAUUAUUACAAUCAAACACUUGAUCAUUUCAAUUAUAGACCUGAAAGCUACACAACAUUCCCUCAAAGAUAUAUAAUCAACUUCAAGUAUUGGGGUGGCCCGAAUUCGAGUGCACCAAUUUUUGCUUACUUGGGUGCUGAAGCACCAAUAGAUGAUGAUUUAGAUUUUAUUGGGUUUAUGACUGAUAAUGCCAUUCAGUUUAAUGCUCUUUUAAUUUAUAUUGAGCAUCGGUACUAUGGAAAAUCAAUUCCAUUUAGAUCAAGAGACGAAGCAUUGGGAAAUGCAAGCACUCUUGGAUACUUUAAUUCAGCACAAGCAAUAGCUGAUUAUGCUGCCAUUCUUAUACAUGUGAAAAAGGAAUUUCAUGCUAAUUAUUCUCCUGUAAUUGUUAUUGGUGGAUCAUAUGGAGGAAUGUUGGCUUCAUGGUUCCGUCUUAAAUACCCUCAUGUAGCACUAGGAGCUCUUGCAUCUUCAGCUCCAAUUCUUUAUUUCGACGAUAUCACACCACAGGAUGGAUACUAUUCUGUGGUCACCAAGGAUUUUAGAGGUCUCAGUGAAACUUGCUAUGAAACUAUUAAGAAAUCGUGGUCUGAGAUUGAAACAGUUGCUUAUCAGCCGAAUGGUCUCUCCAUUCUCGACCAAGAGUUCAAAACAUGCCGUCCUUUAAGAGGAUACUUUGAGUUGGAAGACUACUUGUGGUCCAUGUAUGCCAGUGCAGCCCAAUAUAACCAUCCGCCUAAAUAUCCAGUCACGAGGAUAUGUGAUGCCAUCGAUGGAACUUAUUCUGUGAAUGGAACACUUAGCAAAAUAGCUGCAGGUGUAUUUGCUUUCAGAGGGAGUGUAUCCUGUUAUAUUAACGAGCCCAGAAAUGAAACAGAAACUGAUGUAGGAUGGAGAUGGCAGUCAUGCAGUGAGAUGGUGAUGCCAAUAGGUUCAGAUGAUGAUAUGUUUCCACCAUCCCCUUUUGACCUUCAAAGCGUCAUCAAUUAUUGCAAUAGACUUUAUGGUGUUCCUCCCAGGCCCCAUUGGGCUACCACCUACUAUGGAGGCCAUGAUAUACGACUCGUCCUUCAGAGAUUCGGUAGCAAUAUAAUUUUUUCCAAUGGACUCAAAGACCCUUACAGUAUUGCCGGGGUAUUGCACAACAUAUCAGACAGUCUCCUUGCGGUGUAUACAACAAAUGGAUCUCACUGCUUGGACAUUUUAAAGGCACAUGAAACUGAUCCUGAAUGGUUAGUGAGACAGAGAAAGACUGAGGUUGGUAUCAUUAAAGGAUGGAUCAGCGAGUAUUAUGCAGAUUUGAAGAAGUACAAACAAUAGAAAUCACACUCAAAGGUGAUUGAAGACAUUCUAGUUUGUAAAGAAUACCUUUUCUGCUCCUUAGCACUAUUAUACAAUAUCCACACGACACAAAAGGGAAUGAAAAAGUAUGAUGAACUUGUAAUAUGAGCUAUCCGUUUGACAAUAUGAACUUGUAACGACCCAUCGUAGAAUGAGAAAUAAAAGAUUCUUGCUAUAUUUUCUAUCCUCUUUGUAAGCUUCUUGCUUCUGAUUAAUAAAGUUGACGCUCUCGUGCUCUGCUUUUA